AUGUUUGACAUUGAGACAAACAAGGUGAACAUUACAAAAGAGGAAUUAAAGACACUUGCAAUGGAUGAAACGAGAAGUGAUGACAUGAGGAUAAAAGCUCUUCUUUUACUUGUCAUAUAUUGUUUUAUCAUCCCCAGCUGUUGUGACAGAGGAUUGUCUAGCAGAUGGCUCGGGUUUGUAGAAAACUCCGCUAUUGUUCCUUUUCUUUGUAUACACAUAUUCGGUGUCAUUCUACAUCUAGACUCGAUUACAGCUACAGAUGGAGUUCAUGAUCUAUAAAACAUAAUGGUUUAGUAUUUGGAAAAGAGGUAUCGACCAAAAAAAGGAGGACAACGCCAGCUUAUCUUUCUGUACAAAUAUAGAUAAACUUAUCCAUGUUGCAACCGAUGUAUUUCAUGUUGUGAACAGUUGCAACCAAAAGGAAUAUUUAUCGUAUCAUUGGCUUUUUCUGUGAACAUUGGCCAACUACAAGGUAUGGUUUUGCAGCAACUGGGAAAUAUGUACUACUCAUCAUCUACAUGUUUCAUGGUGAAGUAUCAAAUUUGUCAAGUCAAUAUCAUCAUCAUCAUGUAUCCCUCUGCUAGUGUUGUUUUCAGAAGUUGGCGAGUUGAAAAGGUACUCAAUCCAUUAUGAUAGAAGUGGAAGAUCAAAGAUGCAGUUGGAUCCAUGAAGAUAUAUAAAAAUGUAUAAGUUGAUGGAACAAUCAUGAGACUUGAUGUAAAAGGGUACAAGCCUUAGAUUUUGUUUUAUCUUCGAGAGGAAAAUGGAGAAAUUCAAGUUCUAAACUCAUGGCCUCCUGACUUUGUAUGCUUCUUAAAGACCUGAUCAUUGCUGACAAUGGCUUUGCCCCCCUAACUCCUUGAAUUUGCAUAUUUAUAGUUGACAUUCAAGUAAAUUGAUGACUUGAUGUCAAUUAAGCCAUUUUUCUGAGUUUUUUUUUACUACAGGGUUGGAAGAACAUCUCUAAUGAUCAAGGCAAUAUGAUGUCAAAAGUUUUUUGGUUUGUAAAACUUGAUUCAUGCAUUUGUGGGUGUAUAAUGUUAUAUUAUAUUAAGACUUUUAAAAAAAAUACAUUACCCUCAUUUGAAAGAACUUGAAGGUACAUUUUUUGUGGAUGACAAGGCUAAAGAAAAUAGAGAUUGACAUUUCCAAAUAGCUUACUUAACCGAUUUAUGUGAAAUAAACAUCAUACAUUUAACAAUUGAUAGAAAAUCUACUUUUGGUCUUUUUUUCUAAAUUAACAUUCAUUUCCUGGAUACAUAAGUAAACAAAAAGUUUUGAAUUUUGUGGGACAACGGGUAAGGAUCAACCAUAUGAGGCCGGGUUUUAUGACUUUUCUAAUUUUGUUGGUUCAUGACUUCAUCAAGAACUUAUUAUGGGCAUUGGCAAAGGUUCAACGGUCUGAAACUAGCUGAUAAGUUUCCAUUACAAAUUUAAAAUAAAAUUGAAAUGUUUUCUAUAAUGUACCUUUAUUUCCUUCUGUCACAUACAUAGACACUUACACAUACAAUCUUGUAAAGCAAGAAAUACCAUCGUAUUUUCAUCAUUUACUCUAAUGUAACAUCCUAUUCUCCUAUGUUUGUUUGUGUGUGACUGUUCAGACCAUGACUCUCAUGUGUUCAUGGACAAAGCUGAAUUUUGAUGAUCGAGAUGUUGAUGGCUAUAAUUUUGAUGGUUUUUGCUGGAGGUGAAGGGCUUGCCAAAACAGUUCAGGCGUGUUAGAAUUGAUGUUGGUGUUACCUACGAUACAAUAAUUAACCAAUUAAUGGAAGUAUGUUGCUAUUGCAUUUAGCCAU